AUGCCUUCCGCUGCGCAUCCUAUCCCAGUGCUUGGUAUCGAGGUCAUCGACAACGGGGAGUCUCUGCGCUACCCUUCUAAACCUGUCGAUUCCAUCCUCAACAAGUCCCUCGAUUCACCGCUCACAUCCAGCGGCUCCCUCGGUCUCCUCGGCACCCUCUUGCAAGAACCAGAUUUCUUCGACUUCCACAUCAUCCCGGCCAAGAAUCUUCUUGUGGGCCUUAUUAGCAAGGCACGCGCGGUCCUUGAUCAUACAUGGAGCACUCCUAUACCUACUGAUGUUCAGACACUUAUCCGCGCUUGGGUUGACUACUUACGCGAACACCCACCGCAAGCUAUCCCACGACGUAUUCACACUGAUCAUGCUCUCGACAUCUACGUCGAUGCCUCCAAAACCAUGGUGGCUUACGAAGUCCGUCAGUUUGACCGCCCUAUUCUGCGGGGUCAACUCACUCUCACCAAGUCCCAGCGAAACCUACACAUCAAUGCCCUUGAGCUUCUUGGUAUUUACUACGCCCUCGCACGCAUCCGUUUGCUCGAGUUCGAUACUCGCAUGCAGUUCAAUGACGUCCGUGUGUACUGUGAUUCUCUCACAGCUGUGGCUAUCGCUCGCGAUAGGCGAGUACCUGGUGGUCUACACGAAGCUCUUACUCGUAAGUAUCUCGAACUCAUCAUUGGUGUUUCUGGUACCCGUCAAGUUACUUACACGCAUAUCAGCGGUCAUGCCAACUAUGCUGACUCUGGUACUCGAUCUACCUUGGUUGAUGAUAUCCUUUCUGUUCGUGAAAAGUACAACUCAGUUGACAACAAGCAGGCUACCCCCGAUCUCACUGCUUUCCCAGUGCGUAAGCGCGCUGAUGCUUUUGAUGAUGAUAGUAUCGGUCGCCGUGUCCGGCUUCGCCACUCUGCUGCUCGGCCAGUUCCUAGUGAGCCUCCUACUUACCAAGCUCAUGGACAAACUUUACCCGCCUCACGUUCUACUGAUGAUCUUCCCCCAUCGGUACAGCCAUCACCGACAUCAUCACUUGCACCUACCACUUCGAAGACAACUGACGACCUCCCAUGCACUCGUCUGAUCGACUAUGCCUUUAAGCGACUUCCCGAUGAAUUACUACGCCGUCUUGAAGACCUUCCUUUGCUUGAUGGUUUCAAGCAAGUCGUUGACGCAGACCUUCAGCAAAUUUUGGUUGAUUUGUAUCACUCUACUUAUCAUGAAGGCAUUUAUGCAACGUACGCUCGUAUCAAGAAGUUGUACUCCUGGCCGAACAUGCUAGACAAAAUUUCAGCUACUACUAAGUCAUGCCUCUCAUGUGCGAAAUUGUUAACACAUGCUGGUGACCUUUCGUGGAAACAACGACCUUCACCCCAAGCCCUACCAUCUACCCCGUUUACCCACUUAGCUCUUGAUGUCCACGGUCCUUACUUCAACACGUACUAUGUCCUCACCUGCACUUGCAAGCUUACUACUUAUCUUAUAUGCCGCGCUUUACCUACUGCACCACUGGCGAGCGAUGUCAUCGACCUUCUCAACAACAUCACUUGUGUCUACGGUAUUGUACCUACCGCUAUCCGUACUGACAAUGGUACGAUUUUUCACAAGGCUGCUUCACAACUUACUCAUGUGUCCUGGGAAUUCACUCCUACUUAUGCAUCUGCGUCGAACGGUCAGAUCGAACGUAAACAUCGUGAUUUGGCUCGUUUCCUACGCCUCGGUUUUCUACAAGCAGCUCCUCCGGUCGUGACAUGCCCGGAUCCUCACUAUUGGACUCAUCUUGUUCAAGUAGCCACCAUGCGUGUCAACUUACUUGUCAUUCCGUCUGCCCACAGCCUCUGUGCACGUGAUUUGGUAUACAACUUCCCUGCUCACGAUCUCGUCUCUCUGACUUGUUACCCUCCUGUCCCUGACAAAGAGACUAUCUGGCGCCAACAUCGUCAACAAGCACUCGAUCGUUCGUUAUCACAAAUACCAGUUUCACGUCGACAAAUCCCACUGCAACCUGGUAUGCCGAUUUUACUCAGAGAAUAUCAACCUCGCAAAGACCAACCUAGAUGGAGUGAUCCUAUUGAGAUUAAAGAACUUCUAGGUGAUAACAGACUCCUUCUUACAGAUGGCCGACAUGUUCACAGCAAAAAUGUUAAGCUUCUCCCACGUACCAACGAUGAGUUUAAUGAUGAUGAUGACUUCUUUACUGAUGAUGAAUGA